CUCUUGGGUGUUUAUUUUCUCUUUCCUCUGAAGUCUGAACCCCUUUACUCGUUAGAAGGAGAAACACGCAUAACCAAAACUUUUUCAAUAAGAUUCCCUCAAAUUUUCCAAUUAAAUUCAUAGGUUUUGGGGGUUGAUGUUGUCAAAUUGAUGAAUUUCCAACAUUACUGUCGUAUAUACAAUUUCAUAUGGGUAUUGUGAUCUUGUCCAUUGCUGAGAGUUGUAUCGGUUAAGUCAAUGAGUUCAACUGUUUCGACAUCUCAAGGAUUUGUUCCAUCAUCGAGGUUUGGUGCUUAUGAAUUCACGGAUCCUGGAGCUGCUGAUCCUUUUGGUCGUGCGGAGCCUCAGAACAAUGAUACUGACGAUGCAGAAUUGUUGAGUGUGUCUUGGAAUCAGGAUUAUACAUGUUUCGCUGCAGGUACUAGUCGUGGUUUCCGGAUUUAUAAUUGUGACCCUUUUAAGGAAACUUUCAGGCGAGAUCUGAAAAAUGGAGGUUUUGGAAUCGUUGAGAUGCUCUUUCGUUGCAAUAUUUUAGCACUGGUUGGUGGUGGGAUUGAUUCCCAAUAUUCUCCUAAUAAAGUUAUGAUAUGGGAUGAUCAUCAAAGUCGGUGCAUUGGUGAGUUUUCUUUCAGGUCAGAGGUUCGUUCUGUGAAGUUGAGAAGGGACCGCAUUGUCGUUGUCUUGGAGCACAAGGUUUAUGUUUAUAACUUCUUGGAUUUGAAACUGCUUCAUCAGAUUGAGACUUUGGCAAAUCCUAGGGGGCUGUGUUGCCUCUCACACCAUGUAAAUACAUUCGUCCUAGCUUGCCCUGGUCGUCGCAGAGGGCAGGUCAGGGUUGAACAUUUUGGACUCCAUGUGACAAAGAUCAUAAAUGCCCAUGAAUCUCGCCUGGCAUGCUUCGCAUUGACAUUGGAUGGACUGAUUCUUGCAACAGCUAGUACAAAGGGAACACUUGUAAGAAUUUUCAAUACAAUGGAUGGAACUUGUUUGCAAGAGGUACGAAGAGGGACGGAAAAGGCUGAUAUAUAUGGUCUUGCCUUUUCUCAAAAUGUUCAGUGGCUGGCUGUAUCAAGUGACAGGGGUACUAUCCAUAUUUUCAAUCUAAGAGUCCGUGUAGUUGGUGAAGUUGAAUCAGCUCAACCUAGUUCUACUCCAGGACUAUUGGAUCAGAAUUCUUCAUCUUCUCUUGAGCCCCUCGUUGCUCAGAAUGUCGGUGCUAAUCCGGGUUUAUCUCUCCCUUUUGUGAAAGGAGUACUACCAAAAUAUUUUAGUUCUGAAUGGUCAUUUGCGCGUUUCCACUUGCCUGAGAAUACUCGAUGCAUUGUUGCAUUUGGGUCUCACAACUCCGUCAUUGUGGUCGGCUUGGAUGGAAGUUUCUACAGGUGCAGCUUUGAUCCCAACAAUGGAGGGGAAAUGUCACAGCUGGAAUAUGUUCGCUUUCUCAAAACUGAUGGUAGUCCAACUAUAAGCAAAAAGUAGAUGGACAUCAAUGCCAUUCCUUUGUAUUUCAGUUGUCCAUGGUUAAAUUAUCGUCUGUAGAUAUUGCUUUUAAGUAUUUAUGUUCGAAAUUGGAACGUAAAAGCUCUUUGCUAAUGCUGUAUAUAUGUAUGUUCCAUUACAUUUUAUUGUUUCUUUACGUUCAGCUAAUAUGUAGAGCUGCUGACUGCAGCUUGUGAAUACUGCAUUCCACUAACUAAUUCAGAUUUGUUCUUUUUUGGCAAUAA